AUGACCCAAAAGAACACAUCUGGAAAGUUGAUGAAUAUUUUAUUGGGAUCCUCCCCUGAGACUUUCAGGAUAAAAAUGAAACACUUCUUAUUUUUGGCUGCUGCUGCUGGAUUUCUGCCUGGUUUGAUUAUAAGAAUAUGUAAAGUUUCAUAUGAGACAGUCCUUACUGAGUCACUAGCUGUCCAAAAAGAAAUUAUUGAUUUACAUAACACCAUCAGGAGAGCAGUGAGACCAAGAGCCAGCAACAUGCUGAAAAUGAGUUGGAAUAACGAAGCUGCAAACAAUGCCAGAGAAUUGGCAAAGCAUUGUGACAUGGCACAGAGCAACGCACUUAAGAGAAGAAUUACAAAUACUUUUUGUGGCGAAAACAAGUAUUUGACUCCUUAUCCUAUCACAUGGACAGACGUGAUUGGAUUCUGGCACAAUGAAUCUAAAUAUUUUGACUAUGGUGUCUGGGCAGAUGAUGACCAAACAGUUGAUCAUUACACUCAGAUUAUUUGGUCUUCCUCUUACCUCAUUGGCUGUGGUGUGUCAUCAUGCUGCCAAAAACUGACACCUCAAUUCCUCUAUGUUUGUCACUAUUGCCAUGAGGGAAAUGAGCCUGAACUAAGGAGUAUGCCUUAUAUUAUAGGAGAUUCAUGUCAAGAUUGUCCAAAAAACUGUGAAGACAAACUUUGUACUAACCCCUGCACCUAUUAUGAUGAAUACACUGACUGCGAUAUACAGAAAGUGGUUCCUGGAUGCCGCGCCCUGUCAGUCACACUACAAUGCAAAGCCACUUGCCUUUGCACCACUGAGAUCAAGUAA